AUGGAGACUGGUGGUGUGCACCACGGUCAUGACUGGAUCGUGCGUCCGGAUGGCCUGAUCCUUUUUGCAUUAAAGCCUGACAUGGCUUUGUCAGUCGAGGGGUCGGUGCACAACGGCAGCUCGGUAGUCCUUCGACCACACAACGGUAAGCCCGAGCCUUUCAACCAGUGGCGUUGGAAUACCAAUGGGAUGCUGACGCUUGCGGACAAGCCGAACUUUGACUUGAAUGUGAAGGAUGGCAAGCUGCAGAAUGGUGCCCCCGUCAUUGUCUGGCAGACGCAGACUGCCGGAAUGCAUAACACGUGGGCUUCCGAGGCGGAGGGCGCUGAAUCGGGAUCAUCCACAACUUUGAGUACAAAGGUGCCAUUCUGGAUUCGAGUCGUGGGCUCGCGUGGUGACCCCAACACGCUCUGGUCUUCCUUGACUGGUGGUGUUUCUGCACAAGCUGGGUACGUUUCGUGUUCUUCGGCAAUGAAUCGAGACACAGACUCUUCUUGGAUGUAUGUCCAUGACGACUACUACCACAGCGAGCACGUGACUUUCGUCCAGGUGCCGUACGGAAGCAACUUUAUCCUGAAAGCUGUUGAGAAGCCCCUCUCCAAAGCUUCGAAGAAAUCCAACUUGGGAUACUUGGCCUGCACUGAGCGGAUGGAUUUGGACAGAAGAGAUGCUCACUCUACGUAUGCUUAUGUCCACAAGGACAAAAGCCAUGCAACGCAAUUCGUGGAAGAAGUUUGUCCCGGAGGAUUCAUGCUAAGGUCGUUGGAUGGACAUGGAGGCUAUUUGAGUUGCGUGCAGCAGAAAUCUGAAGAUCAGAACGAUGCACGUUCAACCCUGUUGUACGUCCAGCACCAGUACCCAAACUUGGCGGCCGUUUUUGUGGCUCACUCGACUCAGGACGGCCAGAUUUCCUUCUGGGAGAGAUACAAGCUGGCCAUCAUUCUAUGCUGCGCCAUCACCCUGAUCGCCAGUGUAGUGCUUUGGAUCAUUGUUUGGUUGUGGUCUUGGGGCACGGUUGCGGCAGAUGUUGUGUCAACAUCCGAACCGCUUCAGAUCAACAUUCCCUACGACUGCUUGCAUCAACCGGAGCGGAUGUGGAGUAAUGCCAAAAAGGCUUGGUGCUGCAAGCACAAUUUGCUUGGCUGUCCAACUACGACUCCGCAGUCUACGUUAGUGCCACAGGCAUCAAACUGGGCUGGACUUGCAUCCAGACCUCAGACGAACGAUGACGACUGCUACACUGACGUGUUGUACUGGCAGACUGCUUGGACCCUCAGCAAGCAAAAUUGGUGCUGCGAGAACCAUGGCAUUGGCUGCAGGGCUUCUUUGCACAGCGACGCCUAUGAUUGUGAAAUCGAUUAUGGAAGAGGGACAUCUACGUGGUCGUACCGGAAGAAGCUGUGGUGUUGCAUGCACCAUGCUCAAGGUUGCCCAGCAGAGUAUCAGGCAGGACAGUAUGCCAGCACGCCGAAGUAUGAUUGCACAGCCGGAUAUUCUGAGUGGCCCAAUUGGCACGGACCGAAGAAAGCAUGGUGCUGCUAUCAUGCCGCGGUUGGAUGUCCGGUCGAGAAAGCAGAGCGCUAUGAUUGCGAUGCGGGUUAUCAGAACUGGCUUCAGGGCUGGUCGCAGGCCAAAAAGAUUUGGUGCUGCUUUCAUCAAGAUCGUGGCUGCGACGACGCGGACAACACUGAGUAUGACUGCGUGGCCGGUUACGAGAACUGGCAGUUCGGCUGGUCAGGCCGAAAAAAAGAUUGGUGCUGCCAGCACGAGGACAGAGGUUGCUCCGAAUCAGGAUCUGAGAAGCAGCAAAGCAGCUAG